AUGUGGAAUCCGAGGGGCAAUGAAGAAAAGUUGGUAGCAGUUGCAAUAGAUAAGGAUAAAAGGAGCCAAAAUGCUUUGAAAUGGGCUCUUGAUCAUGUUCUCGCCAAAGGCCAAACUGUGAGAUUGAUCCAUGUUGAUCAACCACAAUUACCCAUUGCCACCCCUUUGGGUGUGGGUAACAACGAUGGAGCAACUAGAAAUGAACCUAAUGACCUUUCCUCAGACUUGUUUCUUUCUUUCCGUUGCUUUUGCUCACGAAGAGAAGUACUGUGGGAAGCUGUGACACUCGAUGAACAAGAUAUAACUAAAGCACUAAUCGAUUAUAUUUCCUUUAAUAGAGUUGAUACUUUGGUUCUUGGUGCUCCAUCAAGAAAUGGCAUUUCCAGAUUGUUCAAGACUGAUAUUCCAAGCAUUGUAUUGAAAGGGGCACCAUAUUUCUGUAGUGUCUAUGUCAUCUCAAAAGGAAAGAUUGCUUCCAUGCGUGUUGCUUCACAUCCACUCCCAUGCCUUUCAACUACAGAUAGGUCAAGAUCUGUACCCAACCGUAAUUCUAAUGAUGAAACAGAUUUCGUAGGUAGAGCAACAAACACCAAAUUGCACGAUGAGUUCACAAUUCCAGAAACUGACAUCUCUUAUGAGGAAGUGGAUGAAAAGAUGAGAAGGCUAGAACUACAGAUGAUGCAAACCAUGGACAUGUAUCAUGCAGCUUGCAAAGAAGCACUCACAGCCAAACAAAAGGUAAGGGAACUUGAACUUGUGAAAAUGGAAGAUGAAAGGAGAUUAGAAGAAGCAGAAAGGGCCAAGAAGAAUGCCCUAAGGAUUGCAGGGGAGGAAAAAGAUAAGUGUAAUGUAGCACUUAAGUUGGCAAAAGCAGCUUACAGGAAAGCUGAGAGAGAAACACAAAAAAGGCUGAAUGCAGAAACUAAAGCAUUUAAAGAAGUUGAUGAGGACAGGAAGACGAUAACAGGGGAGACUUCAGUGGAGAAUGGUAUUGCUGAGUCAGAAUCUGAGGAAUCUGGGGAUUUUGCUGAAAAGGUAUACAGUCCGAGUGACUACAUUCUGUCAGUAGGCCAGGUUGGACCAAGUGUGGAAUUGCCAGCAGGGGCAAAGCUUUGUGUAAUACAGAGGGAUAGAUUUGAUCAGAGAUUAGAGGACUUAGCGGCUGUGGAAAGGGACUUUGCUGACCUCCAGUUUUUCAAUGAACAAGACCCAGACAGCGUGGCGGUCAACUGGUCUGACUUUGAAGAGUCAGCAGAGGUUACCGGGUGGCGUGAUGACCUACCAGACAUUGUUGAAAAAUCUCAGUUGGAACAGGGCCCGGCAGGGGCAAGGAUAUCAAUUAUGGCCGGAAGGGCCGGAGAUCAGAACGCAUCGCUAGAGAGCGCCGGCGCUAAGAAUUUCGCUCAGGAUCUGGGCAUUUUGACUACAGGAAUUAUAGAGUAG